AAGCAUCACAACAGCAAAGCACCGACUACUCAAGGGAAAUCCAUGGCCUCUGCCGCGCUCUUGGUCCUCCUCGCCCUGGCCACCAUGCAGCCGCAGACCACGUCGUCCCAGAAGGAGACGCACCUCAAGGUGUACUGGCACGACGUGGGGAGCGGACCGGACCCGACGUCGGUGCCUGUGGCGCGCGCGGCCACCACCAACACUUCCAAGGCAGCCUUCGGCCUCGUGAUCGUCAUCGACGACCCGCUCACUGACGGGCCCGGCCUCAACUCAUCCAGGCUCAUGGGCCGCGCCCAGGGCACCUACAUCGCCGCCGGCAAGGACCAGCUGGCGCUGCUCAUGCUCAUGAACUUUGUCUUCACCGCCGGCAAGUACAACGGCAGCAGCGUCGCCAUUAUGGGUCGCAACGCCGUGUUCACCGAGGUUCGUGAGAUGGCUGUCGUCGGCGGUACCGGCGUUUUCAGGUGGGCUCGGGGGUACGCACAGGCCAGGACGCACACCUUGGACCUCAAGACCGGCGACGCCACCGUUGAGUACAACGUAUUCGUCAUGCACUUGUCCCGGCCGUGAUCAAAUUUUACCCAGAGUUAAAUACCAUGAAUAAGAAUUGUAUGCUCUGGCUGCUGUUUAACUUGGUUUCAUUUCAUACAAUGGAGCUGCUUUCCGUGAACCUUUUUCCCGAAUUCGUGUGAUGUCAAUGACAAUGAAAUGUUUCCGCAAAAAGAAUGACAAUGAAAUGAAUGGUGUUGUUGUUUA